ACAUCAGCAGCAGUGUGCGUUAACCAGCAUCAUCCGACGGACGCUUACUUUCGGUCGAGGCUGACUUUUUCUCCCACAAAAAAAAAUAAAUAAAUUCAAUUAAAGCACAAUAGAUUCAAACCAAACGCACGACAUCUCAAGCUACUAGUGGCAGUGGACGAGCAGCUUCAGACGUCUGAACCGCUUCUGGUUUCCCGUCCUCGGCAGGUUUCCUCUGACCACUCCAGACAUCAGACCGGACUUCUCCCGUUCACUCCGCACUCUCGUUAAGGCAAAAUGGGGAAACAGAACAGCAAGCUGACCCCUGAAGUGAUGGAGGACCUGGUGAAGAACACAGAGUUUAAUGAACAUGAGCUGAAGCAGUGGUACAAGGGUUUCCUGAAGGACUGUCCCACCGGCCGGCUCAACCUGGAGGAGUUCCAACAGCUCUAUGUCAAGUUCUUCCCUUAUGGAGACGCGUCCAAGUUUGCCCAGCACGCCUUCAGGACCUUUGAUAAGAACGGUGACGGCACCAUCGACUUCAGAGAGUUCAUCUGUGCGUUGUCCAUCACAUCACGAGGCAGCUUCGAGCAGAAACUCAACUGGGCCUUCAACAUGUAUGAUCUGGACGGAGAUGGCAAGAUCACGCGGGUGGAAAUGCUGGAGAUCAUCGAGGCGAUCUACAAGAUGGUGGGCACCGUGAUCAUGAUGAAAAUGAACGAGGAUGGCUUGACGCCCGAGCAGAGGGUGGACAAGAUCUUCUCCAAGAUGGAUAAGAACAACGACGACCAGAUCUCGCUGGAGGAGUUCAAAGAGGCGGCCAAGAGUGACCCGUCCAUCGUAUUACUGCUGCAGUGUGACCUCCAGAAAUAGGCCGGAGGCCGAGCGGAGCGCUCCACCAGCCGCCACGGACUGCACAGAAAGAAUUUCAUGUUCCAUUCAGUUUGCAGCUAUUUCCACUGAAAAAAAAAAAUGCUUGGACUACCUUUCAAUGGAUCUGCUUCUUGUGUUUGAAACACUUGUGUGCAUGAGAAUGUUAUUUGCUAUAAAAAGAUCUACACACAACAUUACAACAACAGUUUGCGGGGUGCAAGAGUGCGGGUGCACACUCACACCACACACACACACACACACACACACACAAACACUUCUCACUACAUAUAAACACCUCGCACAAAUAAUAUAUAUAUAUAUAGAUAUAUAAAUAUGAAUAUAUAUUUAAAUUAUUCAAAGAUCAACUGCCAAAAUGUGAAGUGUGCAAAGUAUUUUCCAUACACUUUCAUUCUAUUGGAGCUUGCGCAUCAGUGAUGUGCUACGUUGAAUUUGCCGCUACUCUAUUUAUCGUUCCGAGUUUACUGACGCUAGCUGUAUGUGUUUCAUAAUACUGAGUAAUGUCAACUGAACCAAAUUCCUAUGAUGAUGUAUCUGCCUCCAAUACGACAGUCUAUCUAUCCGAUAUUAGCUCUAGAAGAGAUGGAUUUGUCCAACUUUUCCUUCCAAAAACAUGCUUGUAUCGUCAGUAAAGAAAAUGUAAACGUAGUUAAUUUGCAUGCCUUUAGGUUCUGCCUUAAAGAAACCUCCUCAUUUUGCAUCCUGUAAUCGCAGACAGAAAGCCUUAUCAAAGCAGCGCGGUGACACUCGGGAGAAAACCGUGAGAAAAGAUUUGUACCGUAUAGAGAGAAAAUAAUCACAAUCGCAAGUAGGUCCUUCUACAAGUAUCGUCGUAUGGGAUGUAAAUUUUUGUGAUCUGUCGAGACGUUUUUUUUUUUGACUGCUUUAACUGUGGGAGCAUGUUUCCUUGUAGAUUAGCUGUAGUAUAUGUUGCUAAGAACUAAAUCCCUUGCCCCUCUGCAUUUAAACACACUUAUCUCCUUACAAAUGAGCAGAAUGUGAACCAGAAAAAAAGAGAUCAAUUGGUACAUUUCUGAAACUAACAGACUGGCAAGCGAGAUUAAACAUUUACAAUUAGUAGAAUGAAUGAGGCUUCCCUUAGCUUCACUCAAAUUAGAUUAGAAAGAAGAUCCAUCCGUAGUUGGAGAGCAUUGUUAUCAAACUUUGUCAUAACCUAUGUGUCAGCAUCACAUCCACUUUUUUCCCAAUUAGCCUGCAGGUUGCAUAUCAGUAUGAUGUAUUUGGAGGAGUGUUUUCAGACACUUAGAGGAGAAGAAGAAAUCAGGCCCGUCGCAGCAUUUUAAUGUUCUUAUUUAUCUUUUUCAGUGGAAGUAAAUGAAUGCUACGUAGUGAGAGGAGCAGUGAAUGGCGUUCCAUUAUACACUGUACUAGUAGAGGACAGCCCUUACUGUAAAGUCAUGUUUUUAGUAGGUUGGACAAGUCGCCCUCCCUGACCCCUUCGAAGUAUUUCUCUCUUACCGAUCAGUCAAUCUUUUUGUACUUUUUUACUCCCCUCUCUCACACAUUGUACACAUACUGAUGCAUAGUAAAUGUAGAGAAAUUCAGCGUGGUACCUCCUGUAGAUGAUUUGGAAAUAACCGUUUGUAUCUUUAAAUACCUGGCCCUCUCCUGCCUGAAAGUACCGCAGACACUUUCCAACCACAACACCACCAGUGUUUCAAGAGCUUAAGGAGGUUGAAGGAGAUGUGAUAUGUCAAUACAUACAGUGUUGCAAUAAAGAGCUAGCAUACCAGUCCAUCGUCAUCUCUCAGCAGUGUGGCUUGUCUCCCCCCAGUCAAGUUUCUAAUCUGAACUUCUUCUACAUGAACAUCUUUGGCCAGACAAUGUUUCUAAUUCCAACUCUGUUAUUACUAUUAUUGCUAUCAAGAUACCAAAUGUAAGCAAAGGCAAACGUGUACAAGGAUUCUUUUGUAGCAUGUAUUGUGUCCCUGACAACAUGGCUGCACUACUCCCUGUGUUGUGAUUUAAUCUAAUAAAAGGAACUCUAUGGGC